AUGUCAGAUCAGCUUCUUGCUAGAGAAGGGCCAUUGGGGCACGUCUGGUUAGCUGCUAAUUAUGAUAAGAAGCUUACUAAACAACAAUUAUUAGGUACAAGCAUUGAGGCGAGUUCGACUUUGAUAUCAAAGACUCCUAUUAGUAAUUGGACUACCUCAUAUACCCAAGAUGAUAAAGGCACCAUAACACUCAGAUUAUCAGGUCAAUUAUUGUUGGGAAUAGUCAGAAUAUAUUCCAGGAAAACAAAGUAUUUGUUAGAAGAUAUGAACGAUAUUCUACUUCGACUCAAGAACUCGUUUAAAUAUGUCAUCGGUGAUUCAUUCAUUGGUGAAAAGGCUCUGGUAAAUGUGGCACCGCAACAGACAACAAUAUCGAAUAUAAAUACUAUUAUGUUGUCAGACCAAGUCACAGGUAUGGACUUAUUGUAUCAAGAUGAUUUAGACUUGGAUCAGAUUCCUAGUAAAAAUUUAUUUGACCAAAAUGAAAAUGAUAAUAAUGGAGAUUCCAGCUUUACAUUUGACCAAUCAAUAGAAUUUCCUAGAUAUACUGAAGAUAAUGACAAUCAAAACGUUACGGGUAACGAUUUAGAGUUGGAGCUUGAUUUCGAUCUUGAGGACGAUGUAAAUGCAAAUGAAAGUCAUGAUGAUUCUGUGGAACUUGGACGAAAUGUGAGCAACAUACCAGAUAAUCCUGAGAUCUCCAUUCUAGAUGACCUAAAGAUGGCUGACCAUGACCUUGAUUUUGAUUUCGAUAUACCUUUGGAAGGUUCUGAGGAUCAAGAUAAUCAUUCCGAUGAACCAGCAGAACCAGUAACACCGGAGAUUGUCUCGCAGCCUGUCCCGCAGUCAAGAACAAGAAGAACUGGUGUAACAGAAGAUGGACAAUUGAUCACAAACAAAAGAAAGCUCAAGAUUGACCUACCAGAAGAAAUGGAAGGUAUAUCUGUCCAAACAUUAAAACAAAAUCAACAAAUUCUCGUAAAUGGGAGUCAAUAUAUAACAGUUCCAUUAUCCGAAAAGGAUAAGAUGCUAUUAAUCUAUGAGCUCGCAAUGCCAAUCCCCAAGAAAAGAAAAACAUGGAAUAUUGACAAUCAGUUAAAGCAAGCAUGCUUCGAUUUAUCGAGAGAAGAGGAAGAGCAAUUAGAAGAACAACAUCAAUUGCAAUUUAAUGAGUUGGAUGAAUAUAAUGAGGAUGUAAGCUUUGACUUGUCUCUUCCGGGCCUAGAGGAGACAGACGUGCUGCAAACUGAUCUUGAAGCACCACCGAUUCAACAUGAAAGUUCACAACAUGGAAAUGGGACAGAACUUACUACACAAGUAGCACAGGGGCUUCGAAGCAUUUUCCUUGAGAAAGAGGUAGCAAGUCUUUCUGAAGUGAUUACGAAAGAUUUGUCAAUUAACGAGAGUGACGUGGAGAAACUUCCCUUGGGAAUAGUUAACAAGGCAAAUGGAGGAGAGAUCAUUAAUAACAGGAAAGAGGCCACGAAAUGCUUUUUUGAGCUUUUGGUUCUCGCCUCUCAUGACUGCGUUUCUCUAUCGCAAACGUCCAAGGGUAAUACCGAGAUUGGCGGAGAAAUUUGCAUCCAGCCAAGAGAUAGAAUUCACAGUUUCUUCCUUUAA